CCACACACAUGAACACCAUCUUUAUAUCUAUGUAUGCAUUUCCUUUUCACCUCCACACCUCUCUCUCUCCCUCUGACCCAACUCCAUUUCUCUCUAUUCUUUUGCUCUCUGAAUUAAAAUGGACACUACAAAUGUCAGUGCUGCAACAGUUCAACAUGUAACCAAGAAAUCUUCUGAUGAGUUACUGAGGAAAUUUGCAGAAGUGGGUGAUGACGAUAACGAUACUGCAGAGGCUAAGAAAAUGUCAAAAAGGCGAAAAAGAAGCAUAAGAAAGGAUAAUACAGCAGCAGCAGGAGGAAGAGGAGAGGUUUCAUCAUUAUCAUGUGAGAGUCCUGCACAUUGUAAUACUACUAGUGCAUUAGUGGAGAGAAGGUCACUACUUCCUGUGGUUACAAGGAAGUCUGUGUUGCUUAGACAACUUGGGAUUGGGAGGUCUCAGCUUAGAGCCAGAGAUAUCAAGAAUAAGUCUAUCCUUGUUGCCCUUGAAAAGACAUGGCGCAAGACAUUAGAAGGAGCUUCAAAAGUACUUUUGGAGAAGCAUUACAAUCGACAUAGACGCUUAAUCAAUGACGUUGUUUAGCUCUAAAUCUCUUUACACCAACUGUUUUUUUUUUUUUUUCCUUUAACUAAAUGCAUUGUUUUAGUCUUUGUAAAUUAGCAUUACAUUUGUAUCAAUUCCUUACUAUUCAUAAAUUUGUUUCCCAUCCAAAAGGGAAUAAAAUUACGAUUAUUUGCCUCCA